AAAUUUUUUCAUUAUUUUCGACGAUAUAUCAACUACGUGUCAGGCCAUAUUACACUCAUUCAAGUAUAAAAAUCUCACAACAUGAAAUUAGCUUUGACUUUAGUAUUUUUUGCCUGUGUCGGGCUAUCCGUCCAAACUGUACACAAUGGGUUGGAAAACAAAAAAGAUGUAGUCUGUGGUCUAUGCAAAACUGUCGGGACUUAUAUCAAGGAACUAAUAGAACAAAAUUUUCCUGAAGAAAAAGUAGAACAAGAAGUGAAAAACCUAUGUGAUUCUUUGGACGGUGAGUUGAAGGAAAUCUGUAACAUUGUUUUCCCUCCCCUUGUCAAAACAAUCUACGAGGAGCUUCAAUCAAAAACACCAGAAGAAGUUUGUGAAUUACUUGGAUUCUGUUGAAUCAAAAAGUUGACAUGAAUUUUUAAUAAAAUUUAGAUAUUGA